AUGGAAGGACAGCCAACACCCAGCUACAAACCAGCUCCUGGAACACAGGCGGCUGCAUUCGACAUGUUGAUGAAUGCAAUAGGAACUUAUCAGGGUCCUGUUAUACAGCAGUUACUGAACAGCGACCCAGGACUGGUUCACUUGAAAGGCUGGCAUGGGAUGACGCCUCUGCACCGAGCUUGCCUCGUGGGAGACUAUAACAUAGUACUUAUGUUUAUUGAAGCCAACUCUGAUGUCAAUGCUGUGACUGACUUUCAGGAAACACCGCUCCACUAUGCCAGCAAGCGAGGAUUUCCAGCUGUUGUUCAUCUGCUGAUCCGAUGUGGGGCCAAAGUUGACUGCAGAGACAACCGAGGUAGAAGUGCCUUACAUCACGCAGCCGAGACUGGUUCUGUGGAGGUGAUCAAGUAUUUUGAAGAGACACUGGGGGUCAACACCAGGGAGGUGGACUGUGAGCUGCAGAGCCCCAUGCACAUUGUCUGCACGCACGGACACAUGGACCUGUUCACUUUUCUCAUGAGCAAAGGAAGAAGUGACCUUCGGCAGGCAGAUGCUGCCGGAAACCUGCCUGUGCAUAUUUCAUCUGAGAAAGGCUUUGGCCACAUCACAUGGUCUAUGCUGUGUGUGCUGGGAGUCUCUGUCCUUCGGCAGACAAACAAGGCAGGCUAUACACCUGUGGAUCUUGUCUUACAAAACGACAAACAUGGGCACAAAGAACUAGCACCCGUCCUUCAGUUCUACAGUCGUCAGCAGGACUCCUACAGAGUAUCAGGGCCCACGCUCAAGUGGUAUACCUUGCUGCUGUUUCCUCUACUUCUCUACACGACCUUGAUCAUCAUCUCACAGAACCUGUCUUCCUACCAGUUUGUUGUGUUCCUGCUUCCUGCUGUGUUUUUGUUCUGUCAGAACAAUGGAUUCAUGGAUCAUCGGAUAGACCUUAUAUCCAGGUGGCCCAACCCGCUGUUCGCUGGAAUCUUUGGGGCAGGAAUAUUUCACACUGUUGUCGCUUACUUCUGGAUUCUCUACCCUUAUCUGUACACAACCUGGUGGAUCACCUGUUUGUCAUGGACUGUGUGUCCAGUGCUGUUGUUUCUUUAUUAUCGCUUGCUCAGGCAAGACCCAGGAGCAAUGGUGACAUCAGCAAAGGACCCCAACACCGGAAAGACCUUGAAUCUAGUUGACCUGUGCAUGAUGCAUGACCCUCAGUACAUCUACUGUCCUGUCUGUGAUAUCGUCACCACAAAGGUCACCAAACACUGCCGGCUGUGUGAGCGCUGCUACCUGCACAUGGAUCACCACUGCCUGUUCCUGCUGAAGUGUGUGGCCAGCAACAACCACGUCCUGUUUCUGUGGCUGCUGAUCAUCGCCAGCAUCAACAUGAGUUUUUAUUGUCUGGGAUUCUGUCUCUACACUAGAGCUGUUCUCCCAGAGGUGGCUUACACUGACUUGUUCAGGCAUCUGCUGCACACGGAAGCCUGGCCAUUUUCUCUUCUGUGUUUGAAUGUGGCAUCCUUGAUGUGGACCUCCAGUCUCAUCUACCAACAGUACACCGUUGUAGUCAAGGGCUGUACCUCCUACUUCAAUGAGUGGAAGGCAAGACAGUACCCAUUGUCAGUACACCAGUCCCUCAGCAACUUUCUUCACUUUCUUGUCAACAUGCCUCUUCCACACACAAAUCCACACUCGCCACUGUUUACACCCGGGGCCACACCUUCAGCCAACAUCAGAAACAUCCCAGCACUGCCCAGCAACAACAAAUAUUUGAGUGAUAUCCAGGUUAUAUAA